AUGUUGAUCAAAGAUUUAUCGAUUAGUUUGGAGAUAUUUUCAAUGGCUGACUAUCGAGACAUUCGUGAUGAAAUUGAAGAGCAUGAAAAACCUCAACAAUUAUUAUCACAAUAUGAGAAGAAAUUAGUACAGAGUAUUCAGAAAUGUCAGUUGAAAGCGUUUCAUCGAGUUCUAGCUAGUGGUAUUGAUCCUAACUAUUGCUAUGAACAUGAUAAAUAUCCACUUCAUUAUUCCACUCAGAGUAAACCUGCAAUAGAGAGUGAUGAGAUUUUUGAAACGUUGUUAUAUUCUGGAGCAGAUUUAGAUGUGACAGAUAGAUUCGGGACCACACCAUUACAUAUGGCUGUUACAACUUCGUCACAGAGAGUUAUCUCCCUUAUAGAGGCAGGUUGUGCUAUUGAUGCUCAAGAUAAUGCAGGAAUGACGGCGUUGAUGAAAGCCUGUGGAUGUGAAUCACCAGAAAGUUUAGUGAUUGUACAAGUGUUGAUAGAUAGUGGUUGUAAUGUUUAUAUUAAAGAUGAAUCUCAUUAUACUGCCGUACAUCAUAUAAUAUUGAAUAAUAAACAAGAUAACUGUAUUCGUAAAGAGAUUCUAUAUCAGUUAAUUUAUAGUGGUCUGUCUCCUAGUGAACCUGAUAAACAAGGUAAUAUGACAGUACAUAUGGAAUUAUUAAGACAUUUAAACCCGUCAGGACAAUUGAAAGAAGAUGAUUUUCUUGUCUUACAGACUUUAGUAAGAUUAGGACGAAAUAUUCCAAGUUUAAAUAAAUUCUGCACAAUAUGGAUCAAGAAAAUCUUACCUAGAGCCUCUAAGUCUUUUCUUAUACGACUGUUUGGAAUAUUUCAACCUGUUUUAGGUUUGACUGGUCUUCAUCAGCUUCAUAAACUAUACAGUGAAUCAUCUAACUGUGAUCAGAAACUAAUAGACAUUGUUAAAGAAUACAGUCAUAAUCCCCGAACAUUAAAAUCAACCUGUAGAUAUAUGAUACGUUCUGUUUUAAAAGAAAGGUUAUUGCUUGUUAAAGAUGAACUUCCACUACCUGCUGUUUUAAAAAAUUAUCUUCUUGUACAAUAAAAUAUAUAUUUAAU